AUGGAAGCCGGAGGACAAAGGCGCAAAUGGGCGUAUUGGUCGAUUGCUUUGUGUUUCUCCUUGCUUCUGUGUUUUGGACAGCAAGUUUCAGCGCAGAUAAAAUAUUCUAUUCCAGAAGAAUUGAAAGAAGGAUCCGUUGUAGGACAUAUUGCUAAGGAUCUUGGCCUUGAUGUCAGCACUUUAGUAAACAGGAGAUUCCGUAUUGUGUCUGGAUCAAAGGAUACUCUUUUUGAGGUAAAUCAAAACAAUGGCGUCUUAUAUGUGCAUAAGAAAAUUGACAGAGAGGAGCUGUGUGAUGGAAAUGGCGCAUGCUUGAUUAAUCUGAAAAUGGUGGUCGAAGAUCCCUUGGAAAUUCAUUAUGUUGGAGUGGAGGUAACUGAUGUUAAUGAUAAUUCACCCACAUUCACAGAAGAGGAGGAGCAUUUUGAGAUUGCGGAACACACACCCACAGGGACGCGUUUCCAAAUACAGACAGCACGAGAUGCUGAUACGACUGUGAAUAAUGUCCGGUCUUAUAAACUGAGUAAUAAUGAGUAUUUCGAAGUUGAGACUAAGGACAGACAUGACGAAAAAAUACCGCUUUUAGUUUUAAAGAAAGCACUUGACCGUGAAAACGCCGCAGAACAUAGAUUAAUACUAACUGCAAUCGAUGGUGGAAAUCCACCACGGUCAGGAAAUCUUAACAUAAUUGUUACUGUCCUUGAUGUUAAUGAUAACCGCCCUGUGUUCAGUCAAGACUCCUAUUCUGUAAUGGUAAAAGAAAAUGCUGCUAUCGGUACGAUUUUGGUAAAACUUGAUGCAACUGACUUGGACGAAGGUUUAAAUGGUGUUGUAGAAUACGCCUUUGGAAGAAACCUGAAGCGUAAAGUGCAAAAUCUGUUUAUACUCGAUAGUGCAACAGGUGAAAUUCAGAUUAAAGGUGUGCUGGACUUUGAGGAAACAGAAUUGUACAAGUUAGACGUACAAGCAUCUGAUAAAGGCCAACCACCCUUAGCAGCAGAAUCCGUCGUUAUUAUUAAAGUAGCAGAUAUAAAUGAUAACGCUCCUGAAAUAGACCUCACGUCUCUUUCCAAUAUAGUUUCCGAGGAUUCUAAACCUGGGACUGUAAUUUCAUUGAUUAGCAUCAGUGACAAAGACUCCGGUAUAAAUGGAAAGAUAAUUCUAAGUGUUUCUGAUAAUGUUCCCUUUGAGCUGAAACCAUCAGUUCAAGAGAAUAUUUAUUCCCUUGUAACUAAAGGAAAAUUAGAUCGAGAACUUGUGUCCCAUUAUGACAUAACAAUAACAGUCACUGAUUUAGGAAAACCUCCGUUAUCUUCGUUUAAAUCUCUGAGCGUUCAGGUAUCAGAUGUUAACGAUAACAGUCCUGAAUUUUCUCAAGAUCCGCUUGAAUUGUACUUAGUAGAAAAUAACGCACCUGGUGCCUCCGUAAUGUCUGUGAGCGCAUUCGAUAAAGAUUUAAAUGAAAAUGCAAUGAUUACUUAUUAUAUUAUUAGAGGGGGCGCUGCACAAAAGGAUAUGGCCUCUUUCCUCAACAUUAACUCUGAAACGGGAGUUGUUUACGCCUUAAACCGCUUUGAUUUUGAAGUAAUUAGAAAGUUUCAGUUCCAAGUUUUUGCCUCAGACUCUGGAACUCCGUCUCUGAGCAGUAACGUGACAGUGAACGUGUUUAUUCUGGAUCAGAACGACAACGUUCCAGUGAUCUUAUAUCCAGUCAGCGCUAACGGUUCUGCUGAGGGUGUGGAAGAGAUUCCCCGUAAUGUGAACGCAGGUCAUUUGGUGACUAAAGUCAGAGCCUAUGACGCAGAUAUAGGAUACAACGGCUGGUUAUUAUUUUCACUGCAGGAAGUUAGUGACCACAGUCUCUUUAGUUUGGACCGCUAUACAGGACAGAUAAGGACCCUUCGCUCAUUCACAGAAACAGACGAGGCCCAGCAUAAACUGCUCAUACUGGUCAAAGACAAUGGGAACGUUUCACUCUCAGCAACAGCGACUGUGAUUGUCAAAGUCGUGGAGCCCAAAGAGGCUUUUGCUGCUUCUGAUGUGAAAAACGCAGUAAAAGACGAGGAGGAAAACAACGUGACAUUUUAUUUGAUCAUCACUUUGGGCUCGGUUUCAGUGCUUUUUGUCAUCAGCAUCAUCGUGUUGAUUGUAAUGCGGUGCUCUAAAUCGACAGACUAUUCGUCCAAGUAUUUACAGGACACAAAUUACGACGGGACUAUGUGUCACAGCAUCCAGUACAGAUCUGGAGACAAACGGUACAUGUUAGUUGGACCCAGAAUGAGUAUCGGCUCUACUUUAGUCCCGGGCAGUAAUGGAAAUACUCUAGUGAUCCCAGACCGCAGGAGGAGAGAUUCUGGAGAGGAUUUGUCUUCAUGUAGACCACCCGAUGUCACUGUUACUCCAGUAUUUGUAUAG